AUGACAAUGAUCCCAAAGGCUGGCAUGGCACCUUCGCCUUCAAAGCUGACAAUCAGAUGGAGCGGGAAUUCCAUGUGGCAUCGCAUAAAUGACAAAGAGGACUUCGUCCUAAAUGAAACAACAUAUACUCCAGAGAAGGAAGACAAAGCUCCUCGGGGUGAAAGAGGAUCUGAAAAGGUUUUCUGGCCAGCUAAGGACCUUCUUGAAGAAUAUGUGGACAGUUUCAUUGGUUACUCACACCCACCUGAGCAGAAUUAA